GGUGGCGGCCGCAACUUCCUCCUGAGGGGCCGGCGGGGGAGCGGGAGGUGGGAAGAGCCCCAGAAGUUCCCGGCCGCCCGCUGGGCUGCGCGGACCUCCUCCUGAGAGAUGUCUGAGCCUGCUGCCCAGUGCUGCAUCAAGCAAGAGAGAAUUUCGUACACACCUCCAGCCAGCCCAGUACCAAAUUACACUUCCUCGUCACCACUACAUGUCCCAGUGCCUCGAGCCAUCAGGAUGGAGGAAGACACGAUCAGACUGCCGGCACACCUGCGUCUGCAGCCCGUUUACUGGAGCAGGGACGAUGUCGCACAGUGGCUCAGGUGGGCGGAGAAGGAGUUUUCCCUGAGGCCAAUCGAGAGCAACACUUUUGAGAUGAAUGGCAAGGCUCUGUUGCUCCUGACCAAAGAGGACUUUCGAUACAGAUCUCCUCAUUCAGGUGAUGUUCUGUAUGAACUCCUUCAGCAUAUCCUGAAGCAAAGGAAAUCUCGUAUGCUGUUCUCACCGUUCUUCCAUCCUGGGAACUCUAUCCAUGCUCAGUCAGAGGUUUUAUUACAUCAGAACCAUGAUGAAGAUAGCUUUGUUCAGAGGCCUUCAAGACCAUCCACAGAAGCAGUCCACCACAGCACCCCAACCAUUGAACUGUUGCAUCGUUCUAGAUCACCCAUCACCAACAACCACCGUCCAUCACCAGAUUCUGAUCAGCGGCCACUGAAGUCCCCUAUGGACAACACUGUCCGUCACCUCUCCCCAGCUGACAGGGUGCCAGGGGCAAGGUAUCAUCAAGAGAACAACCACCAGGAGCCCUAUCCUCUCUCAGUUUCCCCAAUAGAAAACAACCACUGCCCACCUCCUCCUGAGGUUCUUCAGAAGCCUUCCAGCCCUCGCCAGGAGAACACCAGGGUCAUCCAGCUGAUGCCCAGUCCUAUCAUGCAUCCUUUGAUACUGAACCCCAGGCAUUCUGAUUUCAAACCACCGAGGUUGUCUGAGGAUGGGCUGCACAGGGAGGUAAAGCCAAUCAACCUGUCCCACCGAGAAGAGUUAGCUUAUAUGAACCACAUCAUGGUGUCUGUAUCCCCUCCUGAGGACCAUGCUAUGCCAAUUGGAAGAAUAGCAGACUGCAGGUUGCUUUGGGAUUAUGUUUAUCAGCUGCUUUCUGACAGCCGGUACGAAAAUUUCAUCCGAUGGGAAGAUAAGGAAUCCAAAAUUUUUCGGAUAGUUGAUCCCAAUGGGCUGGCCCGGCUGUGGGGAAACCACAAGAACAGAACAAAUAUGACUUAUGAGAAAAUGUCCAGAGCCCUACGCCAUUACUACAAACUAAAUAUUAUCCGGAAGGAGCCAGGACAAAGGCUUUUGUUCAGGUUCAUGAAAACCCCAGAUGAGAUUAUGAGUGGCCGAACAGACCGCCUUGAGCACCUUGAAUCCCAGGCACUGGAUGAACAAAUAUACCAAGAAGAUGAGUGCUGAAGGGAACUGGUGCACCACCUAUGUGGGUCUAUGUGAGAAACAUCUGCCCGGAUGGCUGGCACGGUUUGGGAGGGGAAGCAACCCUACGGAAGCAGUAGUGGGGGUCUCCGCUUAGCUUGAAGACCAUGCAGGACCUGAAGCACCUUAACAAAACAAACUAACAGGCAGAAGUGGUGCUGGCAGGAAAGUAAAUGGGAGAAAGCCUGGACUUACGCACUACUUCACUGUUCCUACAAAGUCUCCCUCAAGUUCUUUCUUUCUUUUUGGUUUAAGUUUUUGUUUUUUGUUUCUUUGGGUUUUUGUUGUUGUUGUUGUUGUUUGUUUUUUGUUUUUUUUUUUCCCCCUAAUAAACAUGUAGUUUGACUUCCCUUUUCUCACAUAGGGCAAAACGUGAGAUUAUGCUUUUUUUCCUUUGGAAGGCUUUCCUUUGGGAACAGAGUGUUCUUACUUCCAAGUCUCAUGAGGUAAUACCACGUGAAACAACAGUGACACAGAAGGGAUUUGCUCAGGGGUUCCAGUUUGCUUGGAUCAAUUUCUGUGUGCUGUGUUUGGUAAAUGUACUGAAACUACCAAAAGAAUUUACCACACAUAUCUGUCAAGUGAAGAGGAGUCACCCUUCAUGUGUAGGCUGGGAUAGAAUCCCAACAUAGCUCGUGAAUCCUUGAGUGGCUAUUAACUUCGGGCAUAUGGACCAAAACCAAUCACCUAAGUGCUCCAGGGAGGAGAGAAAUAAAUGUGGCAAACCUCUGCAAUAGACCGAUGUUGACAUUUUCUCUCCCUCUAGCAAAGGGGUGAUAGAAUGGAGUGGGGGGAGAGGGACAGGGGCAAGUAUAAAUAAAUAUGUAUGUAUAUAUGUAAACCCCACAGCAUGUGUACAAUGCAGAAUUUUAGCUCAAAGGCUUUGAUAAAAAAGCAAAGGGUAAAAUACCUGAAAUCACAGAAGGAAGGUUUUGUUCUUACACGUGCUAGCAGUUUUGGGGUGAAGGGUGAAGGACUUUCUUUUCCAUCUUAAGGAGAAUGCAGAGGGACCCAUCACAUGGUUUGUACUGCUCAGAAACCACUCCAGGAUCAUUUUGUGCUCCUGGAGAGAUAGAUGAUUCACCAAUAUAAAAACCAAUGGUAGAGAACUAGAAACCAAAUAGCUAUAGUGAUGCCUUGGAAUUGAUUUUGUCUUUGUUUUGGAGUUUGAUUUUCUCCCUGCCUCCCAACCCUUCCCCACCCCAUGGCUUUCCCAUCUAGGAAUCUUGUCUCAGCUUGCCUGUUCUUAAUGUGAUUUAAAAGAUCAGAAAAAAAGAAAUCCCAGAUCUGUGUUGCUUUCUUGGUUUUGUUUUUGUUCUUUGCAAGGUGCCCUAUUUUUUACACCUUCUAUUUGGUUUGCAGCAUGAGAGUGCUUUGCAGGAGGCAAGAGCCAUGCCUAUUUUGGUUACUCAGGCUGGGAAGCUCAGUAGUCCUUAAUGCUCAGUACUAGAGGAACUACUGACCCUUUGCAUUUCACACUGCUUGGGCUGCCAUGACAGGAAAGUGGUGUCCAGUUAUCCAGUGAUCCAUCAGCAGUGGUCCACGUAGUGGAAAAAAAAUGCAGCAGCAGAAAUGAUACUUGCAAAGAGUGAAGAUAUACAGAGAACCUGUGCAGGAAUCAUAUGAUUACUGGAGGAAAACAAGUCCACACUAGUUCAUUAAAAACAGAAAUCCUCUUUUAUGGGAAAAUGCAUACUAGAAAUAGGAAAAAAAAAAAAAAAAAAAAAAAAAAAAAAAAGGAUUAAUCUAAUCAACUUCAACCAAAAAAAUAAGGUACAUUCACCUGAUAGCGCUUCUAUUAGCUAUAAACCAGCACUGCAUUUGAUCUUAGCACAUAUUUAACAAGAGGGUUAAUCUACGCAGAAAAAAAAAGCACUUGGCAAUGAACAGUGGCCUGUAUAUUUAAACAAAGAUAGUCCAGUUUCACAAAAGAUGUUAUUGAGUCACAACUGCAGGAGGAAAGGCUUUGUUAAGGGUAAAGAUAGGCAUCAUACAACAAGGAGAAGUUUUGCAGAGCCAGUGUCUGAUGAGGAGCAACGGGUGUAUAUCUCUCCCUGAGCUCUUCCCAGGCACGUAUUUUUAUUAUAGAAUGUUAGAGGUCUGAGCACACAAAGUGCUUGACUUCUUCUGUCUCAGAAGAAAGGGCACAUGAACGUGCAUCAGAAAGGUGAGCAGAUGACCCAUCACUGCCACAGCUCUGAAAUAUUUAGAGCUCAUGAGAUGGAGGCACAGGGAGAGAUCCCCUGCUCACAGGCCUGAAACCAAAGGGGCCACGAUGAUUCCAACCCAAAACCUGGGGGCCACAAUGAUACUGACCCAAGGGCACUUGCUUGCAGCCAUGCCUUAGGAGCUGGAUUUAUGUCCUCCAACUGAACGUGGAGCACAGAGAGCAUCGGAAUACGUCUUCCUGGGGAGGUCAAAGGAAUAACUCAGAGAAGAUGGUGAGUGACAGAUGAAGUGAGUGUCAGUGUAAAGGAAGUCUCUCGAUGGUUUCUUCUGUUUCUUAGGAUGUACAGCAGUAGAAAAAAAAAAAAAAAAAAAAAAAAAAAAAAAAAAAAAAGCACAGUUGAUAUCCUUUACUUUUCUGGCUUCUGAUGACUGCACGCACUGCAUCAUUUCCCUGCUCCAACUGCUCUUAUGAGAUGAUGGGGAAGAAAGA